UUAUUGAUAUGUAACGUCUGCAAUUUCAUUUCCCGCGAAACGAACGUGCGCUCCCGCUUGAGACGCCGAAAAAAAGCGAUUGGAAAUCUGUAGUGCACUUUUUCCUAACUAUAUAUUGUCACGAUGGGAAUACACGGAUUAGCCAAGCUGAUUGCUGACCACGCACCUGGAGCCAUCAAAGAGCAAGAYAUAAAGAACUACUUUGGCAGGAAAAUUGCCAUUGAUGCCUCCAUGUGUAUCUACCAGUUCCUGAUUGCCGUGCGACAGGAUGGUAACGUUCUGCAGAAUGAAGAYGGAGAGACGACCAGCCACCUGAUGGGAAUGUUCUACCGAACAAUCCGUAUGUUGGAGAACGGCAUCAAGCCCGUGUACGUUUUUGACGGAAAGCCCCCGCAGCUCAAGUCAGCAGAGCUUGAGAAGAGAGGGGAGAGGAGAGCAGAAUCUGAGAAGUUGCUCGCUCAAGCUCAAGAACUGGGUGAGCAGGAGAAUAUCGACAAGUUCUCCAAGCGGCUCGUUAAAGUCACCAAACAGCACAACGAUGAGUGCAAAAAGCUGCUGUCGCUGAUGGGAGUUCCUUAUAUUGAGGCUCCRUGUGAAGCCGAGGCCAGCUGUGCUGCUCUGGUUAAAGCAGGGAAGGUGUUUGCCACAGCGACAGAGGACAUGGACGGGCUGACCUUUGGGACAAACGUCCUGCUGAGACACCUGACCGCCAGCGAAGCAAAGAAGCUUCCCAUUCAGGAGUUCCACUUCAACCGGAUCCUGCAGGACAUGGGUCUGACCAAUGAGCAGUUCAUAGACCUGUGUAUUCUGCUGGGCUGUGACUACUGCGGCACCAUCAAGGGGAUCGGCCCCAAGAGAGCCAUCGACCUGAUCCGACAGCACGGCUGCAUCGAGGAYAUCCUGGACAACAUCGACUCAAACAAACACCCCGCUCCCGAGGACUGGCUCUAUAAAGAAGCCAGGAACCUGUUUAUAAAGCCAGAGGUGGUGGACUGCUCCUCGGUGGACCUGAAGUGGACCGAGCCAGACGAGGACAGUCUGAUCCAGUUCAUGUGCAACGAGAAACAGUUCAGCGAGGACAGGAUUCGUAACGGCUGUAAGAAGAUGGUGAAGAGCAGGCAGGGCAGCACGCAGGGACGACUCGACUCCUUCUUCACCGUCACCGGAUCGCUCUCGUCCAAACGAAAGCAACCGGAGAUCAAAGGAUCCGCAAAGAAGAAGCAGAAAACUGGAGCCACUCCUGGGAAAUUCAGAAAGGGCAAAUAAACUGAACCUGAUUUCUGAAGCUGUUCUUCUUGUUGGUGAUAAAACAUAAAAAAGGAUUGUGACUACAGCAAAGACAGGAACGAUUAUUUCAGCUGAAUAGUUUUGUGUUAAAGACCAAACUAAAUCCAUUCAAGAUGUAUUUUAUUGUAUUUACUGGUUUCACAGAAUGUUUGAAAUAAAAAAGAUAUUUUGUAGAAAA